GACCAUGGGGCCGAUCCGAGCCGAGGCCUCAACCGAUGGGAUGACCGAUGACGGCGACGUGUGACAAGACCGACCUUGCAUUGGACCACCAAGAAUACGUUUGUCGACGACGCGGACAAUAACCCCGACCAUCAUCGGGGAUUUCUCCUAUCUAGCCCACCAAACACCAACCCGACACCAACCCCCCCAUCACCAACGACGACGACGACGACGAGACAACCACCUCCACCCACAACACCCACGACCCAACCCCUCCCCCCACCAGCAAAAAUGCCCCUCGAAGCACACACCACCCUCCCCAACCCCCCCAAGAUCUCCAUGCGCACCCUGCAGAUAUCAGGCCUCCUAGUCGACGUCUACGGCCUGGCGGAACUGCCGCCCACCGCCACGCACGUCUCCUGUCUCUGGCUGCACCACCCGCGCGGGCGCCGCAAGGAGGACAUGGCCGACAUUGCGGCGCGGUGCGUCGGGGCGUGGAACGGCGGUGGUGGUGGUGAUGGUGAUGAUGCCGGCCAAGUCUCGGCGGCUGCGGCUGCUGGGGGUGGGGAUGGGGGUGGCAAUGGGGAGGGGGGAGGGAGGGGUCGGGUUAGGACUAGGGGGUUGGUUGCGCUGGCGUACGACCAGCGGAAUCAUGGGACGAGGGUUGUGGAUGAGGCGGCGAAUGGGAGUUGGAGGGAGGGGAAUGCGAUGCAUGCUUUGGAUAUGUUUGGGGUGGUGCAGGGGAUGGUGGCGGAUCAGAGGGUUAUGCUGGACCUGAUUGAGGGGUACCUAAACCGAAAUUUCGGGGGAGAGAAGAAGAUCGACCAGCAUCUUGCGCUCGGGGUGUCACUCGGCGGGCAUAGUGUGUGGCAGUUAAUGUUUGCCGACCCGAGAGUCACGGCGGGGGUGGUGGUUAUUGGGUGCCCGGACUAUAUGAAUCUCCUAUCCGACCGCGCGAGGUUGUCGAAACUCUCAACAUACUCCGCCCAGGACAGCGGCGCGUCGUUCAUCGGCAGCAUGGACUUCCCGCCAUCUCUUGUCGAUGCUUGCAACAAACUUGACCCGAAGGCCAUAUUCUUUGGUACCUCUCCAGUCCCCAACGCUAAAGCGUCCACAGCCAACGACGAAACUGCGAGGCAGAUCCUGCGCGAUCGCCUACAGGGCAAAAGGCUCCUACUCUGCUCCGGAGGCGAAGACAAGCUAGUCCCCUACCGCUGCUCGGAGCCGUUCCUACAAUGGUUCAAGCAAGCUGCCGGGUCCUGGUUCAAGGAGGAGGAUGUCUCCGUGGAUGACAGGGUAUACCCAGGGGUUGGGCACUCGUUCAGUGCGGACAUGGUCACAGACUCAGUGCAGUUCGUCGUAGAUGCGGUUUCUGACGCGGACCAACGGCUCUCCGUUAAGAGCGACGAGCAAAGGCCGUCCAAGAUUUGAUGUGAACGAAAUAUCGCACGCAUACAACGUAAAUAAUCCAAACGAUCACUGGCCACCCCCUAUCUUCCGCGCCAAAAGGGGGCAGGCCGGCGACGCAACCCCGGUGGGUUU